AUGGCGAAACUCACCGUCACGGUCAUCGUCCUGCUCACAUUACUCGCCGCCGCAGCAGCAGGCACGGUCUCCGAUGCCGGCGCAACCACGACCAUCCCGGCAGGUCGCCAACAAGCUGCCAGGAGGAGCCGGUUCCUGCUUGCCAAUAGCGCGGUCUACAACUCGCCGCCGCUGACACCAUCGUACGGCGCUUGCUCCAAGAAGUCGGCCGCCGUGUGCUUCGCUCCGGGAAGCCCGGGCCCGACGUGCUGCGGCGGGCAGUGCGUGGACACGGCAGCCAGCGCCGACCACUGCGGCCGCUGCAACAAGCUCUGCAAGCACGAUCGUAGCACGUGCUGCGGCGGCCGCUGCGUCGAUCUGCUCUCGGACGAGGACAACUGUGGCACAUGUGGUAACCGCUGCAACAAGAAGUGCAGCAACGGCUUCUGUGACUACGCCCUGUAA